AUGGUCAACAAAGCGGUUCGAGUGACGAAAGCCAACGGCGCCGUGGUCGAGACGCAGUCCAAACCGUUCUCAGCCUCGGACAUGGAUGCGGACGAGGUGCUUAUCAAGAACGUAGCGGUGGCUUGCAAUCCGAAAGACUGGAAGCUCGCCGCGUAUGGAUUGUUCGAGGGGAUCGAGGGCAACGAUGUUGCUGGCUACGUCGAAGCCGUUGGGUCAGAUGUCAAGGACCUCACCAAGGAUGAUGGGGUAAUCGCACUCACCCGCGCCGCCAAGGCCGACAAGUACGGUGCGUAUCAAGCCUACACCGUCGCGCCCGCGUGGACGACUGCCAAGCUGGCCGACUCGAUCAGCUUUGAAGAUGGCGCAACUGUCCCGCUCGCUGCCACCACGGCCUUUGUGGGCUUGUUCGACAAGCUCGGUCUUCCCGAGCCUUCACCCGCCGGCCGACCUUCCGCCGACGCCGACAAGGUCAACCUGCUCGUCUGGGGUGCUAGCUCCUCCGUCGGCGCAUACGUUGUGCAGCUCGCCCGGAUCGCUGGGUUCAACAUCGUCGCUGUGGCCGGUGCCGCACAGGACGCUGUGAAGUCCCUUGGCGUCGAGGGUAGUAAGAUCGUCGACUACCGCGCUGACCGCACCACCGUCAUUGCCAACAUCAACGCCGCUGCUGGCGCGCCCAUCACCCAUGUCUACGACGCAAUCUCCACCAAGGACACUGUCGAUACGAUCGUCUCACUGCUUUCUAGCGCUCCGAACAAAGGCGGCAAGCUCACUACGCUCCUCGCCACCGCAUAUGACGACGAGACGGAAAACCAAAAGCUGCAGCGCGAGAAAGGUAUUGUAUACAACAGAACCAUAGGCUCAGUCGUACACCACGACAAGAAGGAGUUUGGGGAGAGGUGGUUCAAGCUGGUCGCAAAAUGGCUGGGUGAAGGCAAGAUGAAGCCGAACAAGGUGCAGAUCUUGGAGGGUGGUCUGGACGGCGUACCGGGUGGAUUGAAGUUGUUGCAGGAGAACAAGGUCAGCGGUGCCAAGCUUGUUGCUCGCAUUGCCGACACAAAGUCUUGA